AACAUUUCAAGGCGUCUGCUUGCGACCUAGUACUGUAGUUGCAGGUUAUUCGCUAAAGGAUAUACGUUCAGAGUACUUGGCCCAGCCUGCGCGCUGCUGUUCGGAAUCCUCGUUACAGGCCCAGUCCAAACUGCAGUCCGUAAUUCUGCGUAACAUGCAGCUCCCAGCAGCAUGCUCUCAGCAACAGAUCGGCUGGCGCAUCCUCACUGAGCCAAGCCACCCUUGUAGAUGAAGUUCGAAAGAAGAAGAGAAGACUCUUCAAAUCUUGUAUUAUUUCCGGAAUUUUAGUAUUUAGGCCAGGGCGGUCAAAUACCCCCCAGUCACCAAUCAUUGAGCACCUACACCGAUAUUCUCCGACGUCCAAAAAAGGCACACUCGCGUCUUUAAGUGCGGGCAAAAGAUUUUGUCUGCAAAUCGUCAACGCCCAACAGACAUUCCUGGGGGAAAUCCACGGUACUUAGAGUGCGUUGAAAGCGUCUUCAAUCCCUAUCUGCGGAUGAAAGAAGACAUUUCCGCAUAGCUGGUCACUUUCUCUCCUAAGUGGCGCAGGCGGCCGGAAGUAUUGGCACUCAGCGGAUCAAACAUGGCUCCCGGAUCAAACAUGGCUCCCGGAAACAGUGAGGAGACGACGGCAGUAGCUCUCUUGAUUGACGACUCUGAGCAGCCACAAACGCAAAUUAGAAAGGAGUUUGAUCCGAAAGGAAGCGCCGGUUCAGCGUUGAGGGAGUUCUGCGAGCAUCUGGUUUUGCAGGUCUGGCCAAAUAUCUGCUGGUGGAUUGUGGUGAUAGCCGCAAUCCCUUUUUCUGCGGGCGCUUUGGUCUAUGUCUUCGCAAGGGAGCCUGCCAUUAGAGAGAUGAGCAUCGACAAAGCGGACGGUCUCCCCGACCCGAGCACGUACGCGCAGACCGUUCUCGACCACAUACGCUAUUGGCAAGUCCAUGCCACGUGCGCCAUCGUCUACUGCCUCACAGGCCCCGUACAAUUCAUUGACGGCAUGCGGCUGAAACGCUUGCCCAUGCACCGGGCCAGCGGUUACGCUUUCCUGGCCUCGGGGUGCGUAUUAUCGGUGACUGGGAUGCUUAUGGCGCCGUACAGUCAGUUUGACAAGAGCUUUGAGAUCGCGAUGUUCUUUCUGGGGCCGGCGUGGCUCUUUUCCGCCGGAAGCGCGGUGUGGAGCGUGCGGCGGAAGCGGAUUCAGCUGCAUCGGGAGUGGAUGAUACGGACAGCCGCGGUCGGGUUCUCGGUGAUUUUUGUCCGCCCCAUGGUCCCUUUGCUCAGCGGCCUUUUCGGCUUGACGUUCAAACAGGCCGGAGCGCCCGCCACGUGGAUCUGUCUCCUGCUGUCGCUAGCGGGGACACAACUGUACAUAAGCAUGAGGUACCGUGGGGUUGGGGGCCUCUGUCUAGCCGUUGAAGUUGGGGUGUGUGAAGCUCGUGCGCCGCGCUCGUUCCAGCGCAUUGAGCCUAAGGAGGAAGAGGUGCCUCAAUGUCCAUCUGCAGUUUGAAAGUUUCCAGGAUGACAGGAGAAACUCGGAUACUAUGAGGGUUGCCGAACAUAAAAUCUAGCACAAACGACACGCCGUUCAUUGCCGCUCCUGGCAACGUCAUCGCCUUGAGAUAUAACAUUUAUAGCAUCUGACUGUGCAGCAGAAAUUUCGCUUAGUGGAAGUGCACACACCGUCGUUCGCUGAUUCUGAUUGGAACACAUACCUAGCGGUCAGGCCGAGGGCCGCAUGCAUAUGGCGAGCUAGAUCGAAUGUUUUGGCGGCCCGCGGCUAUGAACAGAACGUUCUCCAGAAUUCGGCUC